GAAUGUCUGUCUCGACCUCCUAUUGCGGUAACCCUCGCCAGAAGAUGACAAUUCUCACCAGCAGACUUACUAUCCAACCUAGUCCUAGCACACUCCGGGUACACGACUUAGACCAUUCCUGUGUCUACGUAAGCAUCGAUCCUGCUCUGUAGAUCGAAUAACCCUAUCCCCGCCUGAGGGUUCGUAGACUCGUGAAGAAGACGCGCAUGGGCAGACAGGAAGGAUUCCGAGAACUCGUAGCUGGGAAGCCGGCUUAUGGGAGCACCGACGCGCUACAAAAAGUACUGGUCCACGCUUCUUAGUCGUUCGGUAGGUGUAGAUGCCACCUCGUAGCCGUCCGUACGUUGUUCUUCUCGAUUUUGGAACCGUCGCGCGCCCGUCAUGGCCAAAGAACAGAACUGCCUGGUGCCGUACCUCGAGUUGGAGGAUGCCCCUCCCGAGGUCGCGGCCGCCAUCACGCACCUCCCCUAUCGACGCAACAUCUUCCAUCUCCUGGGUCAUUCCCAUGGGUCCUUCCCGCGCCUGAUGGGCGUCUACGCCUCCUUCUUCGACGGCAGCAGACGCAUCCUGCCCCUUCUCGAGUGGCAGCUGGUCGUCCUCCGCAUCUCCGCCGUCUUGGACGCCGAGUACGAAUGGGAUGUCAACGCGCCGGUCGCCCGGAUCAACGGCAUGCCCGAAGAGAAGCUGACGGCGCUCAAGCGCACGGCUGGCAAGGGACCGGCGGCUGUCGAGGCGGAGCCGCUGUUCUCGGCCCGCGACCGGGCCAUCCUCGGGAUCGUGGACGAGCAGCUCGCGACGUAUAACAACACCGUGGAGACGGUCAACCAGGCCAAGGCCGUGCUCAGCGUGGAGGACAUCGUCGAGGUUUACGUCGUGCUGGGGGUGUAUGUGCUGAUCGCGCGCAUCACGAAAGGGCUACGGAUUGACUUGGACGGCGAGAUAGCGGGCUUGGACGGGCACCUCAAGGGGGUGGUUACUGGAAACUGACGCCGGCAUGUCGGGUGUAUCUCUUGGCUGUAUAGGAUUCAUAAUCUAACUCUAUGCAUCGGCCGACGAUCCUAAACCUGCUAAUUUCAUGUGACACGAGAGGCCAGAGAAGGAAAGAAAAUAAAACAGAGGAAAGGGAUGACAUAAA